GCCUGUUCUGCCAUUCAGAAAGUAGCUGCUAAGAUUUGUGCUACGUUUGCCCACUCCUUUAUCGCUUGCUUAUUCUCAUGUUUCUUUAUUUUUUGUUUGUUGCUUUGCUUUUGGUGUUCAUGAUAUUAAAGAAAUGAAUACAUUAAGCAGGCUUGAAAUGAUGUAGGCUGCAGUAGUUAUUCGGAGAUUAAGAGGCUCGCUGGGCAUCAAGUGGUGUGGUGAGCUGCAUCAAACCAUUGAGACUGAAGAAUACUAUGACACUAUUACGGUGAUGACUGUAACUGUUUAAAUAGUCUAUUCCUUGCCCAUCAGGUGAGUUUAAACAAACGAGUGUCUCCAUAAUGCAUAUACACGGUAAAUGUAGCAUACCCAAGUCUUAAACGGGGGCUUACAGCAGUUUUUACGUUUACUUCCUUCAUGAUUCUAAUGGCAUCUUUUUGUAUUCCAAAAACUCACUUAACUCCUGCCAAAUUACCCCAGAAUAUGCUCUCAUAUGUAAGGUGGAAAAGAAAGGAGGCAUAAUAGAUGCUCUUAAAUUGUUCUUUGACAUGACAUCCAUAUUUUAAAUAACGCGGAAGCUGAUGAUGUUUACACUUUCCAUUACAAACUCAGUGUCAUAGAGUUAUUAAGUAUGCUCAGCCAGGCAGCUAGUCAUACACCUACAUGUCAAAUUGACAUUGUAGGCUCACACUCAGCAGGUUGCAAGCUAUUAAAAGCGGUGUCACCCUUUACAAGUUAGGAACCAUUGCAAGUGAAAAGGAAAUACAAGCUACACUUCCUUGUGUUAAAAUUUGUGUAAACUGUACUGUACACUAACAGUAUUCCUUUGGGUAAAGAAAAGUCAGAACUAUCAAAGAAAUUUUGCGUAUGUGAAUGAAUUAUAUAGACCACCCUUUUCGAUUAUUUACAACAUUGUUUGACUGUUGUACGCUAAAAAAUACUUAAUUCCAAAAGCAAACAAAAGUCAGGUGAGUCAUCUUAAGACGUGAUGCAGAUAGACUUGACUCCGCGUAUGGUAGUGAUGUUAAUGUCGCUUUUAGAUUUAAUUAAUAUUAAUAGUUUUAACCUCGCUGGGAUGAAGAUGGCAAUGAACUACCUUUAUAAUUUAUACAGACGCCUGUAAAAAUAUGAGCGUUUCGUGUCAUACAUCUAACGCUAAGUUAAAGUAAUAAUUACAUUUCAAAUUUCCGUAUACAUGUAUUGAAAGUAGUCCCCGAAGUGUCAGUGGUGUAUGGUAUCGUCUUCUUUUAUUAAUUUUGGGAGAAAAGCUUCAAUAUCGUGAUAAACUUAUUAAUAUCUAAUGCAUGAUGAUAUUUAACUUGACCACAUACAAUUGUUCACUACUGUUUAAUCUUGAGUCCACUUCUGCAACGGGGUCACACACUUGUUACAAAAAUAGCAAUCACACGCUUUCUUUGUUAGGCGAAAGUUCCUGAGCACUACUUAAAUGCAAUUAGCGCCAUAUUUCUUCCCUGUUAUAGCAGUCUGCCAUUUAGUAUACUCGCUAAUUUGUUUAGUGCCUAUGAAUAAAUAAGGGAUCAAAACCAGGAAAAGUAGACGAAUUUUACGGUCACAAAUACACAGUCAUAUUUCAGCCGGGCGUAAGAGUUCCGCGUCAGCUGUUAAUCUGUCGCUGGGUACAGCCAGGCGGAUAAGGUGUACAGCAGCUAGCCACGUGACACUGGCUUCCGGGACGAAACGUCAAGGCGUUUUACUUGCGCAUCCCAAUUUGCACGCCCCACCCGAAUCUGGAAGUUAACAUAACUUGGCGCUGCCCUUCACCGUGCACAAGCGCUUUGCGCUUCGCAAUUUACGCCUAGCUUUAGUUGCAGCAGCUCUACCGCGAGAUGGCAGUCGCGCUAGACCUUAAAUCAAUUGACGGAAGUGUGCGUUGAAUGUUAGUCGUAGUUGUGACAGUUCUCCUAUGAAUUUGUGGUAUUACUGCUUCCUUCACCUAUACCGAGAAUGAACAUGUAUACAGUUGUUAAUCGCACGAAGUACGUCAUCUUAGUUUGGUGUCCCGGUUGAUGCCACUAAGGGGAUUCACAUUUUUAUGAACCGAUCUAUUCGUAGUAGUGCGCAUAUUUGACUGGGGCAGUUGAGUGUGAUUGUACUUGUGAAAGAUGCUAAUAUUUCACUGAAGUUGUUCAAUGAUCGCAGCGUUGUUUUGCGGUAGUAUCAGCUUGGGCACCGCUGUAGAUUUUUUUCUUGCUUCUACGUUACCGACGUGGAUUUGUGCCUCAGACGUUGGAGUGCGUGGGUGGCAUGUUUUCAUUUGAGUGCUUUUAUUAGGCAUUUUAUCGCAAGCGGUAGUUGACGCAGUAGUGGAAAGCGGUAGCAAUUUCUCCUAGUGUAAGAGGUUCACGUGUGUUUGUGAGUGCUGUGUUUCACCGUUUUUAGUGAUCGCGACAUAUUUUGUGAGCCAUGUACAUGGACGACAUCGUAGGCACAAUCCCCGCUGCAGUAGGAGCUGGCGAUUUGGAAGAUUCUCAGGAAAUGCGGGUGACAGGCGUAUACCCAGGCACUCUCGUCAAACUAGGACCGCUCCAUAUUGCUGCUGCGCACGGCGAUUUGCACAUGCUCAAAGCGCUUAUCGCACGGGGCAGUGAUGUAAAUGCUCGGGGUUCUUGCCCUGGUUCAGCGUUGAAGGUGGAGGAAGAUCUGACACCAUUACAUGUAGCAGCUGAAAAUGCUAACGUAAACAUCGUGCUCACUUUGAUCCGUGCGGGCGCUUGUGUCAACGCAAAGACUCGUUCCAAUCUUUACCCACUGCACCUUGCAGCAUUUUACGGCCGUUUAUCCGUGGUGAAGGCACUAGUAUAUGCAAAUGCCGAUGUAAAUGCCGAGAAUGACAGAAAAUUCACUCCUUUAUUUUAUGCUGUGUACGAAAAUUUUGAAGAUAUAGCCAGAAUUCUUGUACAAAAUGGUGCUCUUGUAAAUGCAAGAAAUUCAAACCUUGUGACACCAUUGCAUUUUGCAGCAGGAAAGGGAAAUACUAACAUAGCAAAGCUGCUGAUCCAGAACAAGGCCGCGAUUAAUGCAAAGAACGAGGAUGGCUUCACGCCACUGCAUACGGCCAUACAAUACAGACAUGCUGCAGUGACUCAGUUGUUGAUUAACAAUGGAGCGGAUGUGAAGGCAAGAAAUAUCGAAGGAUGGACCCCUUUGCACAGUGUAGCGUACAGUGGAUACCCAGCGGAAACUGCCAGACUUUUGAUUGGAAAAGGUGUUAGCGUGAAUUCGAAGGACAGGACUGGGAUAACACCCUUAUACCUUGCUGCUGAGACCGAUAGCACUGAUAUAAUAAACGUCCUUAUCGAAAACAGAGCUGAAGUUAAUGUCACUGACAAUCGAAUGUGGACACCAUUGCAUACCGCAGCUUGCAAGGGCUAUUUGGACACCGUAAAAAUCCUUAUCGCCAGUGGUGCUGUAAUUGACGCAAGGACCCAAAAGCAGAAUACGCCGCUGCAUUUCGCAGCAAACUUCUGGCAUGCCGAGGUAGUCAAAUACCUUUUGGCUAAAGGGGCCGAGGUUGAUGCACUCGAUGACACCAACUGGACACCUCUUCAUUUUGCGGCAGGUGAGGAUCCUACCCGGCGCAAAUCGAGACACUUGGGUGUAAAGAAACACGCCUGUAAACUGAAUACCAUGAAAGCUCUCAUAGAAAAUGGCGCUGAUAUAAAUGCUAAGGGAAGCAUUGAUGAAACACCUCUGCAUAUAGCUGUAAAGUUCGGUAGUCCUGUAGUUGCUAGAUACCUAUUAGAGAAUGGUGCAUAUUAUGACGUGAAGCCCCAAAGUAGCUUUGGUGACAUUGUCGUUUCGGAGACUGCUUUGUUGCAUGCUACUGAAAAGCUGUUUCAAGCAGUGAAAAAAGCCAAGUGUUCUGAAAUUGAAAAAUGUGUUCAAGAAGGGGCACCUGUCAACAGCAGAAGUGUCAGGUAUGGAACACCACUUAUGUAUGCAUCUUGGAAAGGAUACGUAGCCGUUGUUAAUGUUUUGCUAGAAAAUGGGGCCAGUAUUAAUUUAAAUGACAGCAAUGGCAAUACUCCUCUACAUUAUGCAGCAAAAUUUGGGCAUCAUGAAAUACUAUGUAUUUUACUGCAACAUGGUGCAGUAUACAACGCUAGAACCAAAUCAGGCAAAAAAACACCACUACAUUUUGCCCAAGAAGGAGGGAAAAACGAAGUUGCUGAGACACUAAAACUAAUUGAAUGUAUGUUUAUUAGAAUUAGUCAAAACGAUAGCACAGUCCUAAGAGAGUUAAAUUCACUAAAGGACAUAAAAUAUGCUGAAUUUCUCGCCAUAAAAAAUUGCAAAAAUGUAAAUCAAGAAACACUGAUACAAAUAGCUUCAAAACAUGAAUGUGAAAAACUUUGUAAAUUGCUUUGUGAUCUGUAAUAGAGUAGAGUACAUUUUUAUACUCAAUCAUAUAAGCCUUGUUUGACAGAAGUAGUGAAAGUGAUAUAGAUUGCCUGAGAUUUUGUACACUGUUGUUAUCAGAAAAGUAGCCACCGUCACUGAAGGAAAUAAUUGAAUGAGAGUAUAAAGGCAAUCUGUAUACAUGCAACAUGUUGAAACGACCAUGUCGUACUUUGUUCUAAUUAAUGUUUCGUCUUAGCUUACUAGUGUCAGUUUGCUGUGAAUACUUUGAAGCAUCAGCACACAUGUUAACAAUUAGCACUACAAUAUUAUCUGAUGCCAAGCAUUUUAGAAGCUCAAAUCAUGUUUGCAAAUUAUUAUAAAUAUACAUUUUUUUGUUGAACUGGUAUAAUCUUGUCUGCUGUUUCCAGGUGUUUUUAUGUUCUUUCUUUUCACUAUUAGAAGCAUGUGAAAAUAAAUUUAAGUAUUUCUUUAAACCAUCUUAAGGCUCAUGGUUUUUAUGUAAAAUGCAUUAUAUAUUAACUCCAUCAAUUUGGUAAACUUGUUCAUUAUGUUGACAUUUAAGAAUGCAUGUGAAGCUGCAUGUUAAAUUACAAUAUGAAAUGCUGCACAGAUAUAUACUGUAGUUGGUUUACAAGCCUUGUGGAUCAUCUCAGUUUAUAAUUGUUCAGUGAGGUCUUUCAAUAAUUGUUGUUGAAACCAGUUUUUUCAUUAUAGUGCAGUUUGGGGAUGUCACAUUAUAAAGACAAAGAAACAAAUGAAAUGUUUGAAAUAAUGAAGAGUAACUAAUCCUCUGCAUGUAAGAAAAAAUGUAGAGUUAAAAUAUGUACACGGUAAUGUGAGUCCGUCAAUAAAAAAUAAAUUUGUGUUUA